AUGUCGUCACGGGAAACACCAAACGAGGAUCUUACCCAAGACAGCAAACAUGCUCUCAUCGACCGGCUCAACCGUUUGGUUCUCAGGCUUUCGAGCGUUGGCUCGCUCAAGCAUCGGGCUAUCUCCACUAUCCAUUCCCAAGUCGACAAAAUCGAGAUUCUUGUCAGUCGUGUUGAGAUUAAAAGACCAAGCCAACCUCUCUGCAAGCUAUCAUUGAAUAUCCCGCGAGAAGACGGCUUACUGGGACACCCAGCUCCGAACCGAAUUCUCGAGAUAGAGAAUACAACCGUGUCUACAAAACCUCAUUUUGAAGAUGGCAUGAAUCCCGGAGUUUCGAAUAAUACACCAAACAAUACCGCCAAAUUGGCUCAAGCUGCCGAGGACUUGGCUUCGAGAUUAUCAACAACUGUUGUCGAGCUUCAAGAAAGGAAGGUCGAAUUCAAAGGAGGACGAUUUCCAGUCGAACCAGUCCGAGCUCAAGUUUCUCCGUAUUCAGCUGCAAUCGAUUCAAGCCCAUCGACUCGGUUGCUGAGGACGGACUGUCUUCACGCACGUCAUGUUGACAUCGGGUUAUACUCAACUUGCCCAAGACCCAGUACAUCUUGCAGACCUCAGCCCAAGCAACUCGCAUCGAAUCACACCUCAGACAACACCAUGGCGAAGAAAAAACCCACACUCCAAGAAUACGGCGCCGCUCUCGAAGCAAAACACUAUGAAACCCAAAAGUUGCGAGCCCGCUACACCAAGUUAACACGAGAUACCAAGCGCAAGAUCGCUCGCUCUAAAAAUAUGGAAAUCCCCAAAUGGGAGGCGUACUGGAAAGUCAUUGACGAAUGGAAAGAGAUUGUCGCGACUUACGAGAUAGAGAAAGAGCUUCACCCCCUCGGCCUUGCACCUUCCCCCGAAAGAAUCCCGCCGCGACCGGUCAGACCUGACGACCUCGAGGAUGUGUAUGGUGUGUUGAUUGAGCCCCCAAGGCUUUCAAGACUGAGAAUAUGCUGA